CUUCGGGUAGACUCGCCCCCCUUCGUGUUCGCCUCGACCUAACCGAGCUCAGUAGGCGCGAGGUGGGCGCACGAACACUAUCGUUUCCCGGUGUACCUACGGGAAUCGAACCACGCCUAUCCCCCUACCCUUAUACUCGCGACCGGCUACCUCGUGCUGUUUUUACCGGCAAGGUGAGCGAUAGCCAGACAGAGAAAGCGAAACCUAGCGGAGUAGCUACGGUGGAAGAGAAGAACAAGACGACAGAGAGGGAAGUCUCUUACUGGUUUCUCUACUCGGGCCUGCCCACGCGCCGAGGGUGAGUUCUUGCGCGCGCAAAAGCUUUCCGAACACGAAUAUCCUGCCUUUCCGUCAAUGAAAAUCCCGCGCAUUCGACAGGAUCAACCCUUUUUCCCGAUAAAUUACUCAAUUUCUCCACGCAUCGAUCAGGUGAGUAAAUAUGAGCUUCCCAUCAAUCGAGCUGGCUCCUGCUGCGAACUGUAGCGUCGCAAACCCGUGGGACGGCUUCCAAUUUCUCUUCGCGGUCGGCAAGCCGCAGGCGCAAUAUCUCGGACGUAUUACGAAGUUACGAAGGAAGCCGAUGCCCAACUGGAGCUCCUCAUGCCACUCCCACCGUAUAAUCAGGCUUCUUGGCCCGCCACUGCUGGAUGAUAGCCUGCGAUGCUCCCUUUCUGCUCGUUCUUGCCCUCCCCAAACCCUGUGUCCCGCGGCCUGUUUUUCUUUACGUCGUUUCCGAACCUUCGUGGCCGUCUCUCUUUCUCUGUGUACAUCUUCACGCGCGGUAACCAAUAAAAGCGGUUUCGGUAAUGAGCGGUUGCUCGAAUCUUCGGGGCCCUCGGCCGCUCUUCUUUUACGCCCCUGAACGCUUGGCCCAUGGCCUCGCCCUACGCGAUCUUCCUGCUGGCGCUCGAUAAUAUCCCGCUCCCGAAAGUGAAAUCCGCUGACAGAAUCUCUGCACCGUUUUAAUUUUUCUCAACGUUUUUUUUUUCUGAAUAAUUGCGGAAAACCUCAAUUAUUUCGAGUGAUCGAGCUUUUUCAGAGAUCGAUACAGGUGUUAGAUAAGAUUUAGAAAGUUUCUUUCAAUUUGUCCUUGCGGACACCGGUACUACGGAGAACUCUAAAAUGUAGGGUUUUUGUUUAUACUCGCUGUUAUUUCGUAGAGAAUUUAUAAUAAAUUGGUAAGGAACAGGUGAAAGGAUCGUUGAAUAUUUAUGGAAUUGCCAUUCAAUAAAAUAUCCUCCGCGUUGCAUUUAUUACACGGAUAUAAGAGCGACGGUAACUUGUAAAUACAAGCUGAAACUAAAAUUCAUACGCCCCGGGUUGUUGCCAGUUUUCCGAUCUAAUAAACGUUUAAUUGAAAAGUCAAGCUACUUUAACGAUGCUCGGUUAGGGUUGCGGUGAACACGAGCCAAGGAAGUAAUAAGCUUGCAGCCAGCAGGCUAAGAUAGAUUGCCUUAAAAACACGGCCACCGCAUCCGACCGAGCGAUAUUUUCUCUCUCGAGCUGUAUCAACAAAUAGACUGUCAGAGGGAAUUCAACGAUACUUUAACCGCGAUGGCGAUUUCUUCUGAAGAUAGAAAUUCAAGUAGAUAUUCAAUAAAAACUUUUGCAAUUGGUUAAGUAAAAUUAUUUUUAAUUAUCUAAAAUUUUUCUGUGCUAAAUAGAAUUAAAAAAAAAGAAAUUAGGAAGAUAAAAAUUCGUUGAGAUCUCACGGUGAAACGUAGCAGGACAUCGGGGUUCGUUCCGUGACCGGUGUUCGCGCGAGGUUCAUCCUCGGACGAACAGCCCCCUCGGAAGGAAUAUCGCGGGCGUAUCACGAUUCACGUAUUAUGGUCGUGGUAAUCCGAUCCGGCGGGAUUACCGGUGGAAUCCACGGGAGGACGAGGUUUGACGUAUCGCGCUGUGCAAGGGAAAAGUAUCGUCCGCCUCCGCAGAGCCGGUAUCGAAUGCUCCGAUGCGGCUGUCCCGAAACACCUUACGGUUCUCGAAUUACCUCCCUCGGCCCCACCUUAAGUAUCCCCGAAUCGAGCUCGUGGUAUGUCAAUAAAAACAACGGAGUCGCCGCAAGGAAUUUCGCUGGAGAUUGCAAUGCAAUCGGGCCAAGACAAGCCAUCUGCGAACGCGGCAUAACCCUUUGACUCCGAACAAAUGGAAGGUGUACUUUUACUUCUAAAUUCAAGAAGGUACGCGUGUUAAAAAUAUUUUAUUUGAAAAACAAACAAAAAAAUUUAAAUAGAAUAUACAAUGGCGAUAAAGUUAAAUGUAUGGAGCUGUUGCAAGGACAGAAGCAAGUUGUUCGAACGGGGAGAAGCACAGGUCGACGGGUGAAAAUGAAUUUCGAUGCGUGUUGGCACGCAGUAACGCAGUAUUUUCAAGCUAGAAGCAAUAAGGGGACGGAAUAUUCAAAUCGAACGAUCUACCGGGGUCCGCAUUGGUUGUAUGCUAAUCUAAUCCCGAUAGAAGCCGCGAAGUUACUAUCGUCCUACGCUCGUUGCUGGCUAGGUCAUUGAAUUCCCUGGUGUUUCUUCAUUAUCUCAUUGAAUACUAACAGCUUGACAGUGUUUCCUCAUCGGUCGUUCUUCCGCCUCCUUUGCAUACGCCAUAGACGAUCGUGGAUCGUAAUAGCCUCUCCGUAUUUACUCGUUAAUUCUUCGUAUGCAAACGCGUGCCACACCCUGGAAAAAUCGGGCGAAAGGUCAGGAACUGGCCCGGAACGACUUUCCGACGUAUCGCGAUUCAACCUGGAUACACACCGUCUACUUACACGCUCCUAGAUAGAAGCAGGAAAAGAUUUCAAGAGUAAUCGAUGCUCGCUGGUAUGCGGCAAUGAAUUCUUUCGAUACUGGAAAAUUUAAUUUCCUAUUAAUUAUGAAACGCUUUGGAAAUGAUAUCAUCGAUAGUUAUGAUAAUUAUCAUUUUUUUUAAACAUAUUCAACGCCGAACCGCUACGUUGGCAAUAAUUUCAAUUUAAUUUUAGACAUUUUUCUUAUUUUCAUUUUAUAAGUUUUUGUUAUAUUUUUCGUAAGUCUUGAUGAAUUACAUUAAUUCUGUCGCGUCGAUUAUUAAUGAUCCCCUAGGAAGUCAUUGCAAUGACAAAGGACAUUGAUUCCAUAGACAUCUCGUGGCAAGUGGUUCCGUAUGUCGCGAUAAAAAUCAUCGUCAUGGCACAUGGAGCACGUGAGUUUCGUAGCUGUUCGUGUAAUUCGUGACUGACCGUUACAAGGUCUGCCGAUAGACUCGCAUCCUGGGCCGUUACAACUAUGUACGUAGCUAGAGAACGUGCACCGGCACUCGACCCGAAAGAUGCACUCGGCUGCACGCGAGGGACGAUAGCUUCUCAGGUGUCUGUAGCUCCUGUGAACUCAUUCAUGCACAGCCAACACCACUGGCUGCCGGCUUUUGCAUACACGUCAAUGGGAUACCAGCUACCGAUGAUUUUUCUGUUCUUCAUUGUUAUUUUUUUCAAUUUCAACAGA